CCCGCUCUUUGAGUUUCUUGCAUCUCCUUGCGUAUAUUUUUACGUCCAUGGGUUGUACUCGAGUUUUAAAGCAACAGAAGGCAAACGCAGAAUUUAAUUGGCCACUUUGUACAGUGAAACAUCUUUAUAAAUAUGCUCAGUUUACGCGACAAACAAAUAAAUGCUCUGAAGCAGAUGUUGAAUUUAAAUGAAACAAUUGCAAAAGUUGACGCAGCGGUACCUUCAUGGAAAAUAUUAAUUUAUGAUCGGAUGGGCCAAGAUAUCAUAUCGCCACUUAUUUCUGUGAAAGAGUUACGGGAUUUGGGUAUCACACUUCAUAUGCAAUUACAUUCUGAUAGAGAUUCUAUACCUGAAGUACCAGCGAUAUAUUUCUGUGCACCUUCGGAAGAAAAUUUAAUUCGUAUAGGUCAAGAUCUUCAAAAUGGACUUUAUGAUAUAUAUCACUUAAAUUUUAUAUCGCCUAUUACUAGGCAAAAAAUGGAAGAUUUGGCAGCCUCUGCAUUACUUGCAGGUGCGGUUACCAAUAUUCAUAAGGUUUUUGAUCAGUAUCUUAACUUCAUUACACUUGAAGAUGAUUUAUUUAUUCUUAGACAUCAGAAUAGUGACGUUAUUUCAUAUCAUGCGAUUAAUCGAGGGGAAAUAAGAGAUACCGAAAUGGAAUCUAUAAUGGAUAUUAUUGUUGACAGUCUUUUCUCAGUAUUCGUUACAUUUGGUUCAGUGCCGAUCAUUCGAUGCCCUAAAGGAAAUGCUGCGGAAAUGGUAGCAAAGAAACUAGAUAAGAAAUUAAGAGAGAAUGUCUGGGAUGCCAGAAAUAAUUUAUUUCAAGGAGAAAUAUCGGGAUCUGGUCAUUUCAGUUUUCAGAGACCUUUAUUGAUAAUAUUGGAUCGAAAUGUGGAUAUGGCAACGCCGUUGCAUCAUACAUGGACUUAUCAAGCACUAGCUCAUGACGUGUUGGAGUUAACAUUGAACAGGUUAGUAGUAGAAGAAAGUGUUAGAAGAUCACCUGCCGGUGGAGCACGUUCAAAAACACGUGCCUGUGAAUUGGACAACAGAGAUCGCUUUUGGUCUCAGCAUAAAGGAAGCCCUUUUCCUUUGGUGGCGGAAGCAAUCCAAGAAGAAUUGGAACAAUAUCGUACAUACGAAGAAGAAGUGAAGAAACUUAAAUCAACUAUGGGUAUUGACAGUGACAGUGAUGCGGCAUUUUCGAUGGUAUCAAACAAUACAGCCCGCCUUACAAGUGCUAUAAAUUCUUUGCCACAACUGCUGCAGAUGAAACGUUUAAUUGACAUGCAUACCACGAUAGCAACAGGCAUUCUUAAUUCUAUCAAAUCAAGACGACUUGAUACGUUCUUUGAAAUAGAAGAGAAAAUUAUUAGCAAACAGUCAUUGGACAGAAGUAUAUUAGAUAUAAUAAAUGAUCCGGAUAGUGGCACUCCUGAUGACAAAUUACGUCUUUUCAUCAUCUAUUACCUGUGCUCGAAUAUAUCGGACUCUGAAUACAGUAAGCAUGAAGCUGCUCUAGCUAAUGCUGGGUGCGAUUUAAAUCCGUUAAUAUACAUCAAGAGAUGGAGAAGCUACACAAGAAUAGCUGGAAUUCAAAGUAACUACGAAGGUGGAGGUACAAAAACUGUUAGUAUGUUCUCCAAGCUCAUGACCCAAGGAUCUUCUUUUGUAAUGGAGGGAGUAAAGAAUCUUGUUGUCAAAAGACAUAAUCUUCCUGUUACAAAAAUCGUCGACGAAUUAAUAGAAAUGAAGCAAUCACCACAGACGGAAGAUUAUCAUUACUUAGAUCCGAAACAACUCAAACCCGUGGAACAGGUUCCAAAAACUAAAACGACAUUCCAGGAAGUUAUCGUAUUCCUCGUUGGCGGUGGCAAUUACAUAGAGUACCAGAACCUAGUGGAUUAUGUAAAACAAAAGAACGGAAGCGGCAAUAAUAAACGAAUCGUAUAUGGUUGUUCAACCCUAAUUAAUGCGAGACAAUUCCUUAAACAGCUAUCUCUUCUAGGCCAGGAGGCCCACUGAUGGAUUUCCAAAAAUAUUCCCAAUACAGUAGUGAAAUAUAUUAUUUUGUACAAAAGUACUGUCAUUCUUAUGUACGCUUAUUUGUAUUUUUUGUCAACAAUUCCUAUCUACAAUUGACUAAGCAAUUAUUGCAUUUUAUAACACAUCUUCGGUAAAUUAGUUUCCUACCAUCAACUUCUUUGGAUCCUUUAUUAGAGAUGUUUUAUAACUAGUUUAACAUCACAAGUCAUAUUUAAAAGUAUUCAUCAGAACAAUUCGAAAAUACAUAAGUUCGCUAAGAAAAGAUACGAUGUAACAGUAGUUAGUCUCGAACGGUUUUAUCAUCGUAUGAAAGAUUCGUUAUAGACGUCUCGGGAGCUGAAUUGAAAAACUUUUGCUUACAGAAAAAUAAACCUAUCAUAGCAUGCGCA